CGCCAUCAUCAUCAGCUGCGUGACGUCGCGCCUCGUGGCGACGACGUGCCGGCUGCGUCACUUCUGGGGGGUGUGUGCCGGAGCUCGACCAAUGAGCUGCGCCGGGAGCGCGAUCGAAGCACGCAUCGUUCAAUAGCAGAGCGAGCCGGGAGCCGCGCCGCCGACACACCCUCUAUUUCUGGACCGCGGGACACGCGUGCUGUUUCCCCCGCCAGACGAGCCCGAGGCGAGCAACCGUCGACCCCCCUCUUCCUCUUCUUCCUCGUCGACUGCUGCUGCCGCCGGCUUCGCUCCUCUGUCGGCAACCCCGAUCUGCAUGCUACCCUGACGCUAGCCGAGGACGCUAAAUCUUCGCACUGCGGACCUCAAUCCCCACCCGCCCUGCGCUUCUAUAUAUUCCCGAAGAGCCGGCAACGCGACACCGUUGCACCGGGACCAAGAUGACGAUCAAGGAGAAUUUGAUAACCAUGGUGAAGUACGUCUCGCCCAACCUGCGGCUAGUCCCUCUCAAGAUGCACAUGUUCCUCUACUUCGGAGCGGUGGUGGGCGUGAUGCCCUUCACGACGGUGCUGGCCAAGCAGCUGGGCAUAUCCGCCGCGCUGGCCGGGCUGGUCAACACGACCCUGCUGUUUCUGUCUAUUCUCAUGCGGUUCGCCAUCGGCUCGCUCACGGACAAGAUGCAGCAGCUCAAGGUCGUCCUCAUCGCCGUCAUCAGCGUGGAGAGCUUCUUCCACUUCCUGCUCAUAUUCGUGCCGCCCAUCAAGCCGAGCACGGUCGAUAUCGGCGUCCCAGCGCCCGAGAGCGUCUUCCAGAACGACACCAGGCUCCUCUGUUUCUCCCACACGUACAUCGACGACUGCCAGCCGUACAGUCCCGAGCCGUGCCGCAUGCGCUGCCGCUACUCGGCAAACGAGAGCAGCAGCGUAACGCAAGACAUCGCGUUUCCCUUCAACUGCAGCCUCAUGUGCCACCAGGCGCAGUGGUGCCUGCCCGCGGACGAGCUCGCCGGCGACACGAACGGCUCGGCCUUCCUGGAGGCCGCCGACAAGAUGUGCACGGUGAGCUGUCAUUCGGCCACGCAGCCGAACACGAUGAGCACGCCCACCUUCUGGCUGUUCGCCAUCUUCCGUGUGCUAGGCGGCACUGCGUUUGGCGUCGGCAUCUCGCUCGCCGACGCCGCGGCGUACGCCAUGCUGCGCGACCGCAAGGAGGACUACGGCAAGCAGCGGCUCUGGGGAACCAUCGGCUGGGGCGCGCUAGCGCCGCUCAUCGGCUACCUCAACGAAAUGGCAACGGGCGGCUCGCCCUACAUCGACUACAGCCCCGGCUUCUACAUGCUGGCCGCGUUCACCGUUCUAGACCUGGCCAGCCUGUGCUUCCUGGACGUGCCUCGCUCUGCGACGUCCAAGCAGCUGCUCAAGGACCUGACCGAGGUGCUGGUGAACCCACGCGCGCUCUUCUUCACUUUCUCGGUGCUCAACAUGGGCUUCCUCAUGGGCUUCGUCUGGAGCUACGGGCUCUGGUACCUCCAGGACUUGGGCGCCUCGCCCACUCUGCUGGGCGCCAACCUGGCGGUACAGUGCUUCGGCGGCGAGGUUCCCGUGCUCUUCUUCUCGGGCUGGAUCAUCAAGCGCAUCGGGUACGGGAACGCGGUCAGCCUGUCCAUCGCGGGCUUGAGCCUGCGGCUGGCCGUGUACAGCUUCGGCACCGACCCCUGGUCCAUGCUGCCCGUCGAGGUGACGCACGGCCUGUGCUUCGGCCUCUUCUACGCCGCCAUGACCUCGUACGCGAGCUCGGCGGCGCCGCCCGGCACGGAGGCCACCAUGCAGGGUAUCCUGGGAGGCACCUUCGAAGGGCUCGGAAUAGCCAGCGGUACGCUCGUUGCUGGCCAACUCUACACCGAGGUCGGCGGCCGGCAGACCUGUUACAUCUAUUUCAUCUACAGUAUCAUCUUCCUGGCUUUACACGUUGCGGUCGAGAUGAUCUUCACCAUCAGGGAGGCCAGACGUGAAUCCGUGCUGAGUGGCUCUCAGCAAUCGCAACCAGAAGCGGAACAGGACCCCGUGCUGACGACGAAAGGUCGGCAGCCGGAUGACUCCCGCAAUUCCAAAGAGGAAGAAGAUGAAGACGUCGUUUGAACGGUCUCGCCUCGGGACGCAGAGUUGUUGGCGCCGUACUCCCUGCCACGGACUCGUUAACUGGGCGUCACACUAUUAGGACGCCCGUGCGAGAAGGUUGUUCUCGCCUUCUGAAGGCACCUUCUCGACCACGACUGCAGGGCGCGCGGCCUGUUGCGAAGCGCUGCGCCGCGCGCUAUCUUUAUUUUGCCGCCCAUAGACGGCAAAGUGUCGUCGGUGGCUCAAUGUAUUUGAUAAGCCUGUAUUUUUUUGUUGUGCGUCGUUUUCGUAUGUUUUAAGUGUACAUUUCAAUAUAAAGCGUAUGAUUUUUUUUUCUUCUAGUUUUGGUUCGGCAUGGCCGCGUUGACGGUACACAGCCGAAUAUGUUUGGCGGCUUUGUUUAAAUGUAGAAGACGCGAGACGAGCCAUACAAAAAGAGGAUGUUAUCUGCUUAGCGUUAUAUUGCCUGAGAAUCGAGAAAUCGGGGCAUAAAUGUUGUACUUAGUACAUAUUGAGUCAGCGCCUGCUUCUUCUGAUGCCAUUCUCACAAAUUAGACAGCAAUGAAAAUCGUGCGAGGCUCGAUAACGAAAAAAAAAAAAAAAACCGUGUUCAACGUCAACGUAACGUAUUAUAUUAUUCGAACGCCUUGUCAGCUUCACGGAAACUAGGAAGUGCGAGAAGUGUAAAUCAAGUGUAAAUCGGGUGUUUACGAACGAUGGACCUUAAUUGUUGAAUUUUAUUGUUUCUACCUAAUACCGUUCUUAAUUUUUACUGUUUCUUACACCAGUAGCUAUUCUGUAGUUUGCACUGCUUUAGUUUAUCGAGCGCAUUUACCAAAUCCAUGUACCUGCGGCUAAAGGUGUAACACUACACGCAGAAGCAAAGUACACAGCGGAUUAUCUGUGAUCCUUUUGUAUCGCGUUGCAUAGUCUGUUUUAGUAUCUUAGUUGCUGUUCGAUGAAUGUAGAUUUAGCAUUUACGAUGUGAUGAACAUUUAUAGGGGACUUGUAUUACCUACAUCCCGACUUCCUGUCACUGUGGAAACACAGUAAAUAAACAUUGAGAUGGCUUGUCUAAUGCACUAGAUUCUCAUAAAUGUAUGGUACCAUUGUUUUGAACAUAGUCAACUCUGUAAGCCUCCUUUUUUAUGCAGUCGCUCAUUAUUCGCCACCAUGGGGAAGCUUCAUUUUUUCUAUAGUGCGACUAUACUUUCAAGCGUUGCGCCGUAGUUUACAGUCUGCUUAAAGCUUUCGCCUAAAGUGUAAGCUUUGUGCCAAUAUAAAGUUGCUCUCGGUUUGAAUAUUCUUUGCAGCCCUUGAAGAGAGGGGUGGUUCUGAUACUCGAUCAAAUCUCGUACUUUCCUGCAUUAUGAAAUAUUUUUCUUCUUUACUUCAAGGGUCGCUACGUAUUUACUAUUAGAUAUUGUCAUAGGGACGUAUAACAGCAAGAACGUGAAUGACUGUGCAACACUGUCCGCUAUGACCGAGAACACAUGGGUUUUAGCCAUAUUUUGGAACCUGAGCGUAUGCUUAAGCUGUUAAAAGGAUGCUCGUCUUAGUGGCAAUUACCUGCUUAUAACUGUUUCUCGUAGCACCUCAGCAGUUGUAAGUACAGACAAUCUAUCCCAUUGCAAGCAUAUCGCAUCGCGGUCAGUUGUAACUUGUAUGAUAUAGCCGAGAAGUUGUUACACUCAGGUUCAGUUUGGUUGUGAAUUACGCUCACACUUUUUUCUUGGGCAGGCAUGCACGCAUUCGCCGACACUUUCGUCUCUUGGAGAGCUCGUCAGUUGCGGCUAAUCGAAGCCUGCUUUAUUAUUAUUAUUAUUUACACUUAGGUUUUACUGCUGCGAUUUACUUGCGCGUCAGGUUUUAACAAAACUAUCUUAACCUUGUGUCUGUGUGUGUGUGUGUGUGUUACGAGUGUGGGUGUUGUGACGACGGCAGUGUGAGAAGAUUGUAAUAUAUAGCCUACUUCGCACGACAGUGUUUUCAAUAAUCCUUGCAAGCACUGGUUUACUUCAAUAGCAUGAAAGUACAAGUUUAGCAGGCUUCUACUUGACCUCGCUAACGUUCCCAGAGUCGAGCAAGAUUGCGAUAAACAUGCUCUUACAACUUGCGUAUACACCAUUGUUUUCUGGACUAUAAGACGAACAGUGUCAGACAUGCGCGUAAUUUUGCCUUGCACACUUCUGCAGGGCGGUGACUGGUUGCAAAGAAAAAAGUUAAAUGCAGAGCCUUAAGCGUUACUUGGUUUCUAAGCGGCACAUUGGCACAGCCACAAUAUGUUAUCAUAUUGCACGGUGCGCUGAAACCGCUAGUCGACGCGUACAGUGCUGAUAUACCUUCAGCAGAUGUUCUGCGUCCGUGUGCUGACACGCUGACCUGCGUGAAAACCUACUUGACUACUUGAUUCGGAUUUUGUCUCGAGGAAUGAAGACUAGAUCUUGCGACAGAGUACUGCGGCGGGUCUCGCGUCUUAAGCCAGCCUUUUGUUUUUUAUACAUGGAACACUCUAGGAAUGCUGAGCCCACUUUGGAAACAAGGCGAUCGCGCGAAUAUAUAUCAGUUUGGCAGAUCGAGGCGCUGUAAAUAUGUCGUCGAGGAUAGCUGCACUUGGUGCCCGUGAAUAGCACUUUAUGUAGACUUGCACGCAACGCUUUGGGUCGCCAUGAAGGAAGUCUCAGCAAAAAAGGCAUUUAAGCUUGCGCUGGGCGAUUAUUUGCAGACUUUAAUUAAUUAGCUUGUCACUACGGCGUACUCUGUAUACGGUGAUGCAUAGUGUACGCGCUCUCUUGGGGACCUUACGCGAGGCGUGCUUAGGUUUGCGUGCACAGAUUUAACAUGUAAUAUUAAGUUCCGAACAGUAAACUUUUACUACGGAACCACUGUGAAAUUGUUUAUCAUGUCAGCGCGCUGCGCAGUGGCGCUGUUCUUGCGGGCCGAGCCGCAUCGCCACUGUAAUGGCGCAUGUACCGCGUGAUCCUUUCAGUAGUCGGGACAUGCCCAUUGUUGGUCUCGUUUUCUCUAUACCACACCUUACCUCACAUUUUUCUAAUGCGUCGCGAACUGACGUAAUACGAAGAGAAAAAACAAACUCGAUGGUUCGUUCGUCCCGCAUGGCGAUCUUGUUGCAAAGCCGCGAUAGAAUGGAGCACGCCAGGAAGUGUCGGUGGGCGUCCUCGAUUAUUCGUCCCUCAUAAUACCACACCGCCUGUGGUGGAACGUUCAGCCAAAGAUCGUUGCGUGCGCAUAGGGUCAGGUGGUGCAGGACUUUCGGAGAUUGAUAAUCGAAGACGCUCAGUGUUCGUGUGGUACCUUCAAGACAAAUCCUACGAGACUCGCGUGGGCGCAUCACUUUUCCUACCCAGCCAGUACGCUGUCAAUAUGUGCAGCGCUUGCUCAAUCGACGUCUAUAUGGUGUAGUUGCCGGAGUGGUUUGGGGUUGGGGGUAACUAGAAAUGGUCAAAUCUGUGUCAUACUUUCAGAUCAGUUUAUGAAAAGGGAUGUGUGUGAUGUGCGAUUCUGAGAUCGCGAGGUCAAGUUAAACAUUUUUUUUGUGGUAUAUUGUGUGUGAUUUGAGUGACACGAAUGAUCUCGAAAGGUGUCCGGCUAUGCAGCAACUUAUAUUGCCCAAAUCUGUGUAGUAUUCACCUGCGAAACACGGCGUGGCGCAGCGCGCACUGCCGCGUACAAUACACGUGCCUGUAGUUUCGCCUACGCAAUUAUCGGACCAUGCUGUAUAGCGAAAGAAGGAAGGAACGUUUUGGGAACUCGUGUGGUCACGAAGUCCUGUGGCGAACUUUUCGCCCGAGUGUGUUUGUACACAAUAAAUUUUCUCCUUUUUUUAUA